UACGGACCACGGCGAUAAUUAAAAAUAUCACGUCAUUAUGUUUCAUGUCUUAACAGUAAACUGUUAAUUAGACGUCAAAAGUCAGUUUCAAUGUCCAAGGCAGAACCUACAAAAUAUUUUAAUAUUAUACACAAUCACAAUGACCGAUCAUUGUUCAGUUAUCACACUAUAUCUCUCAUCUCCGACUCGUUAGUCGUUACUCCGUACUCGAUUAUAUAGUCUUAGUUAUCUUUGCGACUCCGCAUUCGACAGACGUUAUGCGUUGUUGGACGCAGGCCGCUUUACUGGAGGCCCAUUGUUUUUCGUUCCAUUAUUAUGUAUUAGUUAAUAGUUAUUAUUAAACAGGAUAUUUUUGCAGUUCGGGGUUGUCCUUCGUAAGGAUUAGAAUUUGAUUUUCAUCAGUUGGAUACGAGUUUACUAAUUGGAUUUGACGCGUGCCAAAACGUUAUUAAUUUUACUUCAUUGAAUAGUGUUAUUGAAGUUACAUUGUCAUAAUGGAAGAAGAAAAUACAAAACUAAAUGAAAAACCAAUGCAUGAACUUGAAAUGGAAGAAAUUCAAAAUAAAAAUAAAAAAACAUUUGAUUGGGCUGAGUUUUUAGCUUGUGUAUCUGUGUCAACUACUAAUUUACAUACAGGAUUUGCUUUGGGAUUUUCUGCAAUACUUAUACCACAACUUGAAAUAUACACUGAUGAUGUGGGCAAAUUAAGCAAAUCUCAAUGUUCUUGGAUUGCCAGCAGUAUUUCAGUAGGUGCUCCGCUUGGAUGUCUGUUUAUAGCUUUUUCAUUGGAUAGAAUUGGUCGUAUAUCCACAUUUAAAUUUUCUCUAUGGCCAUGUGUUAUUGGAUGGAUGUUAAUUGCACUUGCUUUUGAUCCAAAUAUUAUCAUCAUUGGACGAUUAUUGACUGGAUUUUCAAUGUCUGUUGGUACAAAUUCAGCCAAUGUGUAUAUGGCAGAAAUAUCUAGUCCAAAACUUCGAGGUUCCAUGAUGUCAAUAGGUUCUGUGAUGUUAUCUUUUGGAGUAUUAUCAAUGUACUGCACUGGGUUAUAUUUACAUUGGCGGGUUGUUGCAUGGAUAGCAUUUGUUGGAGCAUUUUUACCAAUUCUCAUGACAGCAUUUUGGACACCUGAAAGUCCUGUUUGGUUAAUUCAUAAAGGACAAGAUGUUAAAGCUUUAAAAUCUUUAAAAUAUUUUAAAAACUCUAAACAUAGUGUUGGUGUACAAGAAAGUUUUAAUGAGAUGAAAAAUAUCAAAGAAAAAAAAGAUUUAUUAAUUAAUAAAGAUAUUGAAAAUAGUAAUGUAUUCAGACGAAUUGCCUGGAAUUUAUCUAAGCCAACUGUUUUUAAACCUACACUUUUUAUGAUUGUAUUCUUUGUUUUACAACAAUUUACUGGAAUUUAUACUUUUCAAUUUCAUGCUGUUAAAAUGUUACAAGAAGUUACUCAAGGUAUCGACAUCAAAUAUGCAACUUUACUGUUUGGGUUAUUUCGGUUCUUAUUAAGUUUUGUGGCAACAGGAAUGUUACAUAAUUAUGGUAGACGUCCACUGUGUAUGAUCAGUGGUAUUAUCAUGGGAAUUACCUUAUUUAUUUCUGGAUUAUGUUUUUAUUUGAGAAGUCAAGGUGAUGACAGUAUUAUUAUGACAUGGGUAUCAUUAUUGUGUAUGUUACUAUACAUUUCGGCUGGUUCUGUUGGUAUAAUGCUGAUUCCAUGGAUAUUGCCCAGCGAAAUGUUUCCAACUGAAGUAAAAGGAUUAUUUAUUGGACCAAUAAUGGCUUGGUGUAAUGCAGUCAUGUUUGUGGCUGUACAUUUUUAUGAGGAUCUCAAAGGAAUACUAGGUGGUAUGCUAGGAAUUUUGUGGUUCUAUAGUUUCAUAUCAAUACUUUCAGUGUUUUUUGUAUGGUUGUUUAUUCCUGAAACACAUAAAAAGAAAUUAUCUGAAAUAGAAGAUUAUUUCAAAGACAAUACUUUAUAUUUACUAAGAAAAAAAAAGACUGUAAAAAAUGAACAAUUGUAAUGUAUUGAUAUAUAUUUUUAUUUAAAAUAAAUGUUGUUUAUUGUAA